CGUCGUUUUAUCGAUCCUUCCUCCGUCACUCUAUCCCUCCUCCGAAGACACUCGGAGAAAACCCUAAAUCCCCAAUCGAGGAACACGGAGAUCUCGAUCCAGAUGUCGUCGUCUUCUCCGAGUGGUAGCGGUGGCGAUUUGAGCGAGAGAAGAGGGAUUCCCGCCGCUAAAUUCAUCCAGGAUGUCGAGACUUACCUCUCUCAGUCCAGCCUCGAUUCUAACUCUGCUCUCGCCUUCCAUCAAGAAAGGCUUCAGCAGUAUAAAGUUGUGGAGAUGAAACUUCUUGCCCAGCAGAGGGAUCUUCAGGCUAAAAUCCCAGAUAUUGAGAAAUGCUUAGAGGUUGUUGGCACGUUGGAAGCAAGGAAGGGUACUGGUGAGACGCUUUUAGCAGAUUUUGAGGUGUCUGAAGGAAUAUAUUCACGGGCCUGUAUUGAAGACACUGACUCAGUGUGUUUGUGGUUGGGAGCAAAUGUCAUGCUAGAAUAUUCCUGUGAAGAGGCUACAGCCCUUUUGAAAAACAAUCUGGAAAAUGCUAAAGCAAGCCUGGAGGUUCUUGUAGCUGAUUUGCAGUUCUUGAGGGACCAAGUCACAGUUACUCAGGUGACUAUUGCGCGUAUCUAUAACUAUGAUGUUCAACAAAGGAGGGUUAAACAAGUUGCCCCUACUGCUAUUACCGCUGCAGACUCAUGAAUCACAGGUUUAAAUCAUGCUCGUGUGUCCUAUAAGGAGGUAAUAUGAUUUCUGCAACACCGUUUGGUUUGUAACUCUUUUUUUUUUGCUAUCUUGAUCAAUUUUGUUUAUGAGACAAAGACAAACCUAUGAAUAGAAACAUUUAGCAUUGUUAUUUUGUUAUCAACGUUUGCCUUCUGUAUUAUUUUGCUACAUUUUUUCGGAAUGCAGAGACCAUCUUGUGUUUUUUUCCGA